AACCCCCAUUUCAAGAACUGUGGAACGGGAGAGCCCAACUCGCAUGCACAUCACGAUCGUCGAACGGGCGCAAUGUCGCGUAAAUCCUUUAUGGGUUGGCCGCCGUAAGUAUUACCCCUUUCAUCCUCUCCCGUUCAAACCAGUAGAGAAUGUCAGGUAAUCAUGCAUACAGGCAAUAUGGCUUUUGCCUAGAGUUCAUAACCUUACCCGAGCGCGGCCGUGAACGCUGCUUGCAAGAGUUCUUCAAUGACUCACCAGGUUGCGGCACUCACAAAUCCACCUUCGGAUUCACCAUCAAUAAUGUCUUCGACAAGAUGCGACGGGGCCAGCGGGUCUUCUGGGGGGACAUUGAAGAUCCGCUCAUCAAGGCAGCGCGGCAGAUGCCUGACCCGUACGCGACCGCCGCUAUGGCGAAGCAGCUGGUGGUUGCUGCAGCCGAAGCUCAUGCGGAUGCCAAGUACGCUGAGAAGGGCUACAUUGAGGAGGACGACGGCGCCCACACUAUUUUCGAGAAGAUGAAGAAGGAGCAGAUGUGGGCCGCUAAGUCGAAGAAGCAGGAGGACCAGCAGAUGGAGCAGGAGCAGCGCAAACAGAAGGGCGGCUAUGUCAAGAACCCCAGGGGUGGUGCUUUUGUCAUCGCCGGCCCGAGGGGCUCUAGCAAGCCUCCCAAAGCCGCUCUCGGAGCCGUCGCCACUAGGGACCAUAGUAGCAUUCUGAAGGCUCCUCUUGGCGCUGUGGCUGCUAUAAACGGCUAUAACCAGAAUAUUAUAGCUCCUGUCAAUGACGCCGAUGCUGGUCCCACUCCUGCUAUGCGGGCGAUCUCCUGGGCGAACAACCUUCCGACGCCUGCGCAGAAUGACGGGGCAGCGUCGGCCUUUGAGGACAAGAAGAUGGCCAUGCGCGAGAAACUUGAGGAGAAGUGGCUUAACGGCGGCAAGUCCAAGUCUAAGACUUUGUUGAACCGGCACGACAAGAACAAUCGCACUUGGAAGGGUCGUCCCAAGAAUCCGCCGCUGCCUGAGACUCCAGAAGAGGGUGAGAACGUUACUGAGACCCAGGAGGAGCAGAAGGAUAGAGGUUUCGAGAGCAUCGUCGCUGGCGUGUCCAAGAUCGACAUUGCCAAGGGCAAGAACAAGGGCAAAAAGAAGGCUCGCAAGUAGUUGUCCCUUGCGCAAGCCGAAUCUGGGUUCGUCACGAAUCCGCGUUGACAGGCAUCUUCCUGUGAUCCCUAAAUCGCGCCCUUCGGUCUUCAUACACCCUGUGCAUCCUUAGCGGGUUCCAUUACAACUCCUCAC